UAUUAAAUUCUUUGCUCAGAUUUCAGGAAGUAAAGUGUGCUGCUGUUCAUCUUCUCAAUCUCUCCUGUUCAACCCCUGCCCUCCUGAUUUCCUGGCGAUCAAUGAUAGUAGGGAGUUUUGGAGCCUCUGGAAAUCCUGUGGGGCCCUGUCACUUUUGGUCUUUGUGUGGAGUCCUGACAGGUGUCCACUGGAGUGUGUUACAUGCCGGGACCUUUAGAGGAAUCCAGAGUGCGGGGCUGUGGCUGCUGUCUCCCCAUUCAGAAGCCACUUGCUAGAAGCUACUGAAAGGCUCUUCAUUGUCUCUCCUGUUCCAGGAACACCUCGGUCUGGGAAGCAGAAGAUGCCGUACUCCAACCUGCAUCCAGCCAUCCCACGGCCCAGAGGUCACCGCUCCAAACAAGUAGCCUUUGUCUUUCUGGUGGCCAGCCUGGUGAUCCUUUGGGUGGCAGGGGAUCCGCCAAGUCACACUCUACAGUACCUAGUAUAUCACCUAGCUUUGCAGCAACUUGGACUACUGUUGAAAAAGAUCUGCUGUCUGGCUGAAGAGCUGCGCCAUGUCCAGUCCAGGUACCAGGGCAGCUACUGGAAGGCUCUGCACGCCUGCCUGGGCUGCCCCAUCCGCUGUAUGGCCCUGAUUCUACUGUCGUCUUAUUUCUGCUGUUUCCUCCAAGAAACUGCUGACAUGAGCCUCAGUUGGAUGCUUGGCCUUCUGGGCCUCUCUAAGACCCUAAGCAUGCUCCUGGACCUUCAGAGUUUAGCUCCAGCAGAAGUCUCUGCAGUCUGUGAAGAAAAGAAGUUCAAUGUUGCCCAUGGGCUGGCCUGGUCAUACUACAUUGGGUACUUGCGGCUGAUCUUGCCAGGGCUCCAGGCCCGGAUCCAAAUGUUCAAUCAGCUACAUAACAACAUGCUCAGCGGUGCCGGGAGCCGAAGACUGUACAUCCUCUUUCCACUGGACUGUGGGGUGCCUGAUGACCUGAGCGAGGCUGACCCCAACAUUCAAUUCCGAGAUAUGCUGCCCCAGCAAAUCAUGGACCGUGCUGGCAUCAAGAAUCGGGCUUAUUCCAACAGUGUCUAUGAGCUUCUGGAGAAUGGGCAGCCAGCAGGCGCCUGUAUCCUGGAGUACGCCACCCCCUUGCAGACCCUGUUUGCCAUGUCACAGGAUGCCAAAGCUGGCUUCAGUCAGAAGGAUCGGCUUGAGCAGGCCAAACUCUUCUGCCGGACACUCGAGGAAAUCCUGGCAGAUGUCCCCCAGUCCCGAAACAACUGCCGCCUCAUUGUCUACCAAGAACCCACAGACGGAAACAGUUUCUCAUUGUCUCAGGAGGUGCUCCGGCACAUUCGCCAGGAAGAAAAGGAGGAGGUUACCAUGAGUGUCCCCCCGACCUCAGUGGCACCUCGUUCCUCCGUACUGUCCCAAGAGCCAAGACUCCUCAUCAGUGGAAUGGAUCAGCCUCUCCCACUCCGCACUGACCUCAUCUGAGGCAUGCGACAGCUUUGCCCAGGCUCUGGUGGUCCUUCAGCCUCCUGACUGAGCUUUCCUUCAAGGGUUGGGGGCCUCAGAGACUUCACAUCUCCAGAUGAGUCCCACAUUCCUGGGCAAGCCAUUUAUUUCACCUCUCUGAGCCUCAACCAACCUUACUAUGUAUGAAAGGAGCUCAUAAUGCGUUCCCUGCCUAGUGAUAGGAUUUUAUACAUGUAGAAGUUUGGUGUCAAUGUCUGGUAAACUUGAGAGAAAGGCCAAGUACUUCCUGUGGAUGCUGCUCCCUGUUGACCUAUGUGGAUGGUACCAGCAGACUUCCUGCCCUCCAUCUUCUGGUCAUGUGUGUUCAAUGGGAGCUUCAGUAGAUGGAAAGAGGGAGAAGGAACAUUUGUUCUGUUAGCUGUAUACAGUCACAGUGGGCUGCCCUGCCAGGUUGCCUUCUCGAUAAACAUAUCUAUUCUCAGGUUUCUAGAAUGGCCUCUUUCCCUUGUUCCUAGGACUGGUAUUUGUGUAACACUGGAGUACUUUCUGUCUGGUCUCUUUAUAUCAUGUCCCUUGCACAUGGUGUUGGCAUCAGGACAUCCCAAACUUAUGACAUCACAUAGGCAUCAGCAUGACCUGUGACCUGCAGACUGGUUGCCAAGACAACAGGCACCUAUUUCCUGCUUCCACUUGGCUCACCUCCCACCUUUACCUGUAUUAAGUUGUUUUCCCUAUAAAUAAAGAGAACAGUCUCGCCCCCUCUUCUCUUUCUGCCGCUACCUUGUCUCUCCCUUCCAAUAAAACCUCUUCCAUGUGGAA